CGGCUCAGGGUUCGGCAGCUAAAACUGUGGCCUCCACCAUCAGCGGCUGGAGGUGGAGCGCUCUCUCCUGAGGCCGGUCGAUUAGCAGGAGGGAGAAACCGGAGAGCACAGAGUCACAGUGAAACUGGGCUGAUCAGGUAUCUGAGAAAGAAAAGAGGUGACGUUGAAACAGGGGCUUGGAGUCUCCGGCCUGUGUGGAAGCUAACAUGUAGAUAGGUGACUUUGACUUUGCUGUGAUGAGGUACGAAAAUGUCUUCGGCGUGUUUUUUCUGAGCCAAGAAGGAAACGUAUUGCAUAUUGUCUUGGACACUUGGUUUCACCUGAUGAUUUGGGGACUGUGCGUGUCUUUUUCAGCAGUGGAAGAGGUGAUUGGAGAAGUUGACAGGUAGAAAAGGAGAUCAGGGUUUAAAAAGGUGUGGAAGUAGAGAAAGAGAAGACGGGGGUUAAUAAUAAAACAGGGAUAUAUAACGUAAAGGUUGGAAGAGGAGAUAAAGGAAGAAAGGGACCCAAAGCUGAUUCUCUCCUCUGGACUGGCCCUGCUUGGGACUCUAAGCCCUUCAGCCUGCCUGGGACUCAAUGCAGGCCAAAGGUCCCCUCCAUGCCUCUCCUGAGUGACUCCUCCUAGGAGAGAUAAUCAGCUCUGCAGCCUCUGCGGGAUCCAGCUUCCUCUCUGCCCCGGGUCUAGAGGCUCGCGGAGAUCCGGACCACUUGACAGGGAAACACACAGGUACACAAAGCAGAAGCCGCUAUGGAGAAUCACGUCACCCAGAUCUCCAGAGACAACCUGGAGGAUCUCAGAGACGCCUUUAAUAAAAUUGAUAUUGAUAAGAGUGGCUUCGUGAGUGACUUCGAGCUUCAGGAGCUGUUCAGAGAGGCGGGUUUCUCCCUGCCCGGCUACAAGGUGCGAGAGAUCAUGGAGACCUUCAUCGCCGGAGACACCAACAAGGACGAGAAGAUCAGCUUCGAGGAGUUUGUUUCAAUCUAUCAGGAGCUGAAGAGCAAAACGUUGAGUGAGACGUUCAGGAAAACCAUCACGAGGAGAGACGGGAUCCGAUCCUUUGGGGGAUUGUCAAAGAUCUCCAGUGAGGGAACGCAGCACUCCUACUCUGAUGAGGAGAAGGUGGCUUUCGUCAACUGGAUCAACAAAGCUUUGGACAGAGAUGCAGACUGUGAAUAUCUGCUGCCCAUGAACCCAAACGAUGAAAGUCUCUUCAACUCCGUCCGUGAUGGAAUCCUGCUCUGCAAAAUGAUCAACCUGUCUCAGCCGGACACGAUUGACGAAAGAGUCAUCAACACAAAGAAACUCACCACCUUCAAAAUGACCGAAAACCUGGUCCUGGCUCUGAACUCCGCGUCAGCGAUCGGCUGCAUGGUGGUGAGCAUAGACGCCCUUGAUCUGAUGGCUGGGAAACCCCAUCUGGUGAUGGGCCUGCUCUGGCAGAUUAUCAAAGUUGGUCUGUUUGCUGAUAUAGAAGUCAGCAAGAACGAAGCUCUAAUCGGACUUCUGAAAGAGGGAGAACAACUGGACGAACUACUGUCUCUGUCCCCCGAGGACCUGCUGCUUCACUGGGUCAACCAUCAUCUCCGCAACGCAGAGACGCAAACAAUCAGCAACUUCAGUGAAGACAUCACGGACUCUCGGGCCUACUUCCACCUGUUGGACCAGAUCGCUUCCUGUGGAAAGCACGACUCCAAGAUGAGGGUCAGAAUCGACAUGAGCGGCCUAAAUGAGUUUGAUUUGGAGCAGAGGGCCGAGCUGAUGCUGCAGCAGGCGGACCGGCUGGACUGCAGACAGUUCGUUUCCGCCUACGACGUCACAUCUGGAAACAGCAAACUCAACUUGGCCUUUGUGGCCUACCUGUACAACAUGCAUCCCACUCUGGAGAGAAGUCAGAUUCAAAUCAACGGCAUAGAGACCGCACACAUAGUGGGUGAGUCCAAAGAAGAGAAAACAUUUCGCAACUGGAUGAACUCUCUGGGCGUCUCUCCUUAUGUGAACCACCUGUACUGUGACCUGUGUGAUGGUUUGGUGAUUCUGCAGCUUUAUGAGAAAGUUAAUGUCCCUGUGAACUGGAAGAAAGUCAACAACCCUCCUUAUCCAAUCCUGGGUGCAAAAAUGAAGAAGCUGGAGAACUGUAACUAUGCCGUUGACCUGGGCCGGAACGUGGCUCAUUUCUCUCUGGUUGGUAUCGGAGGAGAAAACAUAAACGCGGGCAGCAGCAUGCACACCCUGGCACUGGUCUGGCAGCUGAUGAGGAGGUACACAGUGCUGGUGUUGUCAGAUUUGGGCGAUGGAGAAAAGGUUGGAGAUCAGAUCAUCCUCAGCUGGGUCAACACCACGCUGAGCCAGAAACAGAAGGACACACAGAUCAGCAGCUUCAAGGACAAACUGAUCAGCACCAGUAUGCCAGUGAUUGACCUGAUCGAUGCCAUCGCUCCCGGCACAGUCAAGUGGGACAUGGUGAAGAGAGGAGAGGAGAGAGCGCUGAAGAAUGACGAUAAACUCAACAACGCCAAGUACGCCAUCUCACUGGCCCGUAAGAUCGGAGCGCGUGUUUAUGCGCUGCCUGAUGAUUUGGUGGAGGUCAAUCCCAAGAUGGUGCUGACGCUGUUCGCCUGCCUCAUGGGCCACAGUUUGAAAAAGGCCAACCGCUGAAAAGCAAACAAAGAAGAAAGCAGACAUGAACAAACCUGGGAACCAAAUAUCAAUAUGAGUCAUGACAGCAUUUCGUUUCCAUUCGCUAUCUUUAUCUUCUUCAAAUCUUUGUCAUGUCCAUGUAAUCCCUUUUUCUUUGACCUUUGACCUUGUUGAGAUCACUCAACAGUUUAUAUUCUGCUCAAAUUUGAAAAUAAUUUCGCACCAGCAAAAAGAAAAACACUGCAUUUGUUUAUCUGUGAUUAGGCUGCUAAUUGUUCUUGGCUGUAUCAUAUUUAAUAUGACGUAACAUCUUCUUACUGCUGCAAUACACAUACAUGACCCUCUUCUUUAAGUCUGUAAAUGUUGUGCAUUGAAUGUUGCUAUUUAAUUAUUAAAAAACGUAAAAUGUUAUGAGUAUCAUUGUAUAUGUGUGUUAUUUGAACUUGUAGAGGUUUAUAACAAAUGUUAGUACAUACAAAUAGAACUAAUGCCAUGUGUCUGUAAAAUUAGCCUAUACAAAUAAUCUUUAAAAUAGGAACAGUUCACUUGAAAAUCUAUUAAACUUACUAAAGUAAAAAUCAAAAAACUAAAAACAGUGAAUUCAUAUUUUGUUCUGCAUCUUGAUUAAAUAGUAUUUGUACUAUUUUGUGUGAAAGUUGCCUGUUGAUUUGGUCUGAAUUGUAUUUAUUGCUGUAACCAUAAUACACAUUUCAAGUAAAUGACACUUUUACCUGUUUGAAUAAAGAAGAAAACAUUUACUCAUGUCAAUAAAAACAAAUACUCAACUGCU